UCCCUCGAAGAAUUUAAAUUAAAAAUUGCAAGUGGUCAAACGUCGUGGAUUCAGGAGUUACCAAAAGAUACAUUAUCACAACUCAUAAUACAGUUAGAAUUACCGACAGGCCCAAAUCCAAGUAUCGACGAUUUGCGGAAAGUGCUUCGGGACCACGUUAAAACAAAAAAAAAUAAAAUGACACACCAGUCAACGCUCCCUAUUACUAGCUUAGAAAAUUUCAGUGGUGGAAAUUGGAGAAGUUAUGAGGAGCAACUCAAUUGUUACAUGUUAUUGCAUGAUAUCUCGGAAGACAAAAAGGUUCCGCUCUUAAUAACGAAAUUAACAAGUAACGUGUAUGACACAUUGUCAGGGUUAUGUGCCCCAGAUAUACCAAUUAAAAGUACAUAUGAGGAUCUAUGUAAAAAACUGCAAGAAUUUUAUCACCCCAAAAUAAAUCUAGCAGUGCACAGAGCGAGAUUCAUGGACAGGAAACAAGAAGAAGGAGAAACGAUAAAAGAAUACCUGUUAGCUGUUCGCAAACUGGCUAAAGACUGCGAUUUCAAGGAUGUAGAUGAACAUUUAAAAGAAAGACUGUUGAAUGGCGUUCACAACGAGACAAUCAGAUAUGAAGUAUUGAAGAUGGCCGAUGCGACUCUGGCAAAGUUAACAGCAGUGGCGGAGACAGCAGAGAUGGCUUUUAAACUAUCGGCCAAGCCAGUUGAUGUGUUCAAGCUCUCAACGGAUCGUGGGAAAGUGAGUCUACAGCCUCAAAAAAAGCGGCAACAACAACAACAACAGUCAAAGUGCCUGUGUUGCGGCAAGACAGGACAUUGGAAGGAUCAGUGCACCUUGCGCUUUAAGUACUGUUCGGAAUGUGGCAGGAAGGGACACAUAUUUAGGCUAUGCCCCCUAAAGAAACCAAACCUGAAAACUGUGGUUUGCUCCGAAGAAAAAGAAGAUGUUUGUGAAACUAAUGAACUAGAUGACAUGUAUCAGACGCUUAAUUUGGGAUGAAAAACAAUAGAAGAAGUAAAUUCAAGAUUAAAAUCUGUAUUGCAACGCUUCACAGAGGCAGAGUUGAAAUUAAAAAUAUCAAAGUGCAAGUUUUUUGAAGAACAACUAACAGUAUUUGGAUAUCAUGUAUCAGGUGAAGGGAUCAGCGUAAUUAAAGAAAAUAUUGAGCCCUUAUUAAAAGCACCCCAACCCGAAAAUAUGAAAAUGUUACGUUCCUUUUUAGGAAAGGUAAAUUAUUAUAAUCGAUUUUUAAAAGACAU